GGCCUCGAGGGUGCAGCGGGCACUGGGACAGUGGUGACCCAGAGACCCAGGCAGAGCCCUUACCGUCCCACGACUCUCGGACCUGAGUUGGUUGCAGACCUGGGGUCACAGGCGCCUCCGCAUGCUGCUGUGCAGUUAGGGAGAUGCUGCAGGAUAAGGGCCUGUCGGAGAGCGAGGAGGCCUUCCGGGCCCCGGGCCCUGCGCUUGGGGAGGCCAGCGCCACCAACGCUACCACCACCGUACCCGAGCCCACGCUGGCCACCCCUGGCCUUAGCGGAGCAGCUCUGGGCAGUCCCCCGGGCCAGGGAGCCGACAUCGCCGCUACCGCCGCCGAACAGACCAUCGAGAACAUCAAGGUGGGGCUGCACGAGAAGGAGCUGUGGAAGAAGUUCCACGAAGCGGGCACCGAGAUGAUCAUCACCAAGGCCGGCAGGAGGAUGUUCCCCAGCUACAAGGUGAAAGUCACAGGCAUGAACCCCAAGACCAAGUACAUCCUGCUCAUCGACAUCGUCCCAGCUGAUGACCAUCGCUACAAGUUCUGUGAUAACAAAUGGAUGGUUGCAGGGAAGGCUGAGCCGGCCAUGCCAGGGAGGCUUUAUGUCCACCCAGACUCUCCUGCCACCGGGGCCCAUUGGAUGCGGCAGCUGGUCUCUUUCCAGAAGUUGAAGCUGACAAACAACCACCUGGACCCCUUUGGCCACAUCAUCCUCAACUCCAUGCAUAAGUACCAGCCACGGCUGCACAUCGUUAAGGCAGAUGAGAACAAUGCUUUUGGCUCCAAAAACACAGCCUUUUGUACCCAUGUGUUCCCAGAGACCUCCUUCAUCUCCGUGACCUCCUAUCAGAACCACAAGAUUACACAGCUGAAAAUUGAGAACAACCCUUUUGCCAAGGGAUUCCGGGGCAGUGAUGACAGUGACCUGCGUGUGGCCCGGUUGCAGAGCAAGGAGUAUCCAGUGAUCUCCAAAAGCAUCAUGAGGCAGAGGCUCGUCUCCAGCCAGCUCUCAGCUAAGCCCGAUGUCAGCCCCCUGCACAGCGCACACCAGGCCCUGCAGCACUACCAGUAUGAGAACGGGGCCCACAUGCAGUUUGCUGCUGCAGAGCCCCAGGACCUGCCCCUCAACACCUUCCCAACGCAGCGGGACUCUAGCCUCUUCUACCACUGCCUGAAGCGCAGAGCAGACGGUGCCCGCCACCUGGACUUACCGUGCAAGCGAUCAUAUCUGGAAACUCCCUCUUCGGUGGGAGAUGAUCACUAUUUCCGUUCACCCCCUCCCUAUGACCAGCAGAUGCUGAGUCCUUCCUAUUGCAGUGAGGUGACCCCCAGAGAGGCCUGUAUGUACUCCGGCUCAGGGCCUGAGAUCGCAGGGGUGUCUGCCGUGGACGACUUGCCCCCACCGGCACUCAGCUGUAACAUGUGGACAUCGGUAUCGCCGUACACCAGUUACAGUGUUCAAACCAUGGAGACUGUGCCUUACCAGCCCUUCCCCACACACUUCACCACCACCACGAUGAUGCCCCGGCUGCCAACCAUCUCGGCUCAGAGCGCCCAGCCACCAGGAAAUGCCCAUUUCAGUGUGUACAAUCAGCUGUCCCAGCCUCAGGUCCGAGAGCGGGGACCCUCUGCCUCCUUCCCUAGAGAUCGUGGCCUCCCCACAGUGUGUGAGAGGAAGCCACCCUCACCGCACCUCAACGCUGCCAAUGAGUUCCUCUACUCACAGAGCUUCUCCUUGACCCGAGAGUCGUCCUUACAGUAUCAUUCAGGAGUGGGGACUGUGGAGAACUGGACCGAUGGAUGACGUAACUGCUGUAUCCUUGACAGCCCCAGGACCAUGUCAAUCCAGUAUUCACCUCUGUGGGUGGCUGGCACUGCCAAGAAACAUGGGAAGGUAUUUCAGAAGGUGUGUGUGUGUGUGUGUGUGUGUGUGAGCGCGUGCGCGCAUGUUUCUACUACGUGUGUAUGUGGUUGGAGAGCAUCUGUCUUCUGACAUGCAGCUAAGGCCAAGACAAGGAAAUAAACUACAAUUAUCUAAGAAGUAAUUUAUCUAAGAAGUAAUUUUGGCUUUAGGAGCCAAGUCCACCGUUACCUGGCAUCUCUUGAAAUGCCCUGGGUAGGAUAGAAGUGGAGGGCUCGUGAGUUAUCUAGAGUUUUCUGAAAUAUACUGAUUUUACUCAGGGGCCAGCUGGGGUCUCGGGCACAGGGAGAGCUUUCUUUGCUAGGGUUGGGGGUACCUGUGCUUACUUAGGGUUAUUGGCCUUCCACCUGCAAAGGGAGCUACCUGCCAGUCUUGGGAACAGGGAUAACCCCCCUCGUUUGGCUCCUGGAGAUUGUAUGAGACUACCUGAGCCUUAGCAUGCUGAGAGAGUGGGGCUGGCCGUACAUCAGCCUGGACUUGGAUUCUUGAAGCUCCAGGGUCUGAGGCAUACCUUUCAGAAAGGGUCAUGUGCUAAGUGUCACCUCAUGGUGCUUGCUUUCCCUCAGAGAGGAGGGGAAAUGGUACCAGUAGUAUCUCUGUAAUUGUUCAUGUUUCAUCAUGAUGAAGUGCAGAGCCCCCCCCCCCAGUCCCAGCACGUGGCCUCUCAGCCUACCAGAUACCAUCUGCAUCCUAUGAUGGGCAGGCAACAUCCCAUGGAGGUCUCACCCAGACUGAUGUUACCCCUCUGCUGGACCAUUCUUCUCCCAGAAAAAUCUGCAUCCCUGGAGCAAGAAAGCUGGAAGAAGGAAACAGACAGUUGAGAGAAAGAACUUGAGUGUUCCAGCUCAGAGGAGGCAAUAGCUCUUUCAGAGUGGGCAACGAGGAGAGCACACACUCAGCCCAUUAUUAGCAUUGGACAUCGUCAGGGUGUCAGGGUGGCUGGUGUGAACUCUCAGUCAGAAUCUGGAAAUCACUACACUCUUUGCAUGCUGGAUAGCUAUUUAAAUAUUAUAUAAAUAAAUAUAUGAAUAAAUAUAUCUAUAUCUCACAAAUGCGGGCCACAUGUCUAAUUCAGCUUUGCUUCUUACAAAUAAACUUACUGAAAAUGAAUGCCGAAGGGAGUAUUUGGAAAGACAGCUAUUUAAAUUUUUAUUACAUUUGAUGUUAUCUAAAAAUGGUUUAGAUAUAACAUAUAUAUAUAUUAUAAAUGCACACACUACAGAUAAAGCUUUAUUAGAAAACACAUUAGCUGACAGUUGGUAUGAAACUUCCAAGUGUUUUGGUAUAUAGCAUGGACAUUUUAUUUUGCAUAUUGGAACAUAAAGCCAUCUUGCAACU